ACCACCGAUAAUUAUAACAAUAUGUUACCAACUAAUUACCAAAAUCCUCUAUAUUCAUAUGUUUCUUACAUUCAACCUACUCAUUACCAACUAAUUACCAAAAUCCUCUAUAUUAAUUUGUUUUUUUACAUUCAAACUACUCAAUACCAACUAAUUAUUCAAACUACUCACUACCAACUAAUUAACAAUAUCUAAUUAUUACCAACUAAUUAGCUAAAUCACCAGGUAAAGACUAUAUAAGAUGAGCUAGUUAUUAGUGUUAAUUGCACAAACCAUGUCUACCUCUACUGUCAUUACAGCGGUGUUUCUGUUAUACCUUGUUUUCCCCGUGCAAUCAGUAGAGUUCUUCAAGAGUGUUGGGUGGGCUCCAUAUCAUGUUUUGGAUUACGACUUCUUCAGAAACAGUUACUAUGUCAAUUUUUACAUGUUUCGAGACGAUGUAAUUGCUACCUCAAGUCAGCUACAGAUUGAUAAUAGGUAUAUCCUUAGCGAACAAACUCCCAAUCGUGCGCCAGUAGAUUGGAAGAUGGGACAUCUGAUUGGGAGAGGGGAUGACAAUGCAAUGUUGUCAAUCCGAGCAGAUAACUUGUAUGUAACCGGAUUUGCCAACAGAACCGGUCAUUGGCAUGUAUAUCCAAAGUUUGCAGAUCAAAUUCCCGAACCCAAAACACUCCUGACUUUUGGAGACGACUACCAUUCUCUUCUAGGUGAUGGUUCCAGCCAAAAUCUACCCAAAAUAAAUCUCGGACUGCAUGCCACAUUAAAUGCCAUCGAGACUUUGUCCAACUACCAGCCAUCCUCAGAUAACACGGCCAUCAAAAUAGCAUUAACCACGCUAAUUGUUACCCUGCCAGAAGCCGUACGUUUCCGGCCUAUCCGAUACCGGUUAUUGGAUGGAUGGUUUACAGGGACUCGUCUUACUAGUCAUUUGGCAAAGGAAGUGGUUAGCUGGCGAGACAUGUCCUGUGCUGUCCUUAUUUUUGACAAGUAUGGAAGGUGGUGGGCAAGUGCAGAGGCCGGAAUAUUGCAGGGGAAGUUCCAGAUUCGAAGCAAAUUUGAUACCCUCCAAUACCUUGAUGUGGUGCUUUGGCCUAGACCUAAGAAAUGCUCCCUACCAAUCUUAGAUGACCAACAUAUUCAGCAGAUUAGGGCACGGAUGGAUAGGAGGGGGCAAGGAAGAGGUUAAUUUGUAGCCCCUGAUUAACUGCUAUCUAUAUGGAAUAGCUUGUUGAGAAAUUUCCUUUUCAUAUACAAUAAUGUUGGUGAAUGAAUCUUCUCAUAUCAGUUGCAUUUUCUGUGUUUGUGCAUGUAUAUUUUUCAUUCAUUUUCAAAGACUCUGCAUUCUACAAUGAUAUACUACCCUUUAAACAAAAAAACACUAACCUUUGGAUUCGCUAAAUCACGCAUUCAACGCCCCCCAACCCCUUCUCCUCGAUCUUCCUUCUCCCGACCUCACCGCCGGCAAGGCCGCCCCCAGCUGCUACUGCGCCACCUCAAUCCCCAGCGACAUGGGACGGAUGGUACUGCACGAGUCGCUCGACGGCGCGGGGGGCGCGACCCCGGGAGGGAACGAAGCAGCAGCAUGUCGGGCGGGCGGCUCGACACCAGCGUCGCCAACAACCCAACCGGUGACCGGACCUCGCAUGCGCCGCGCUCUGCGUCGCCGCAGCCGCAGGCCGCAGCGGACGACUGGCUCGCUCGUCUCCCGAUCCUGCGUGCUGCUCCCCCAUCGGACAACUACCCUUCUUGUUUGCGCCCACCGGUGCGCCGCCUGAUCACGUCUUCUUCGACCACCUCGGCUGUUCCAUCUACAUCCACAAGAUACACUGAAGAUGAAGAUGAUAUGAUUGGCUUUACUGGUUUUUACAAUGUGGAUAUUUUCUUUUCACAUGAUCCCAACAGCCUUCCUAGGGGUUAUGAGAAACACAAAAACAAGUUGGGCAAAGAACCACAUAUUAUGACAUCAAAGUCACUUCAGAGCUCUGUAUAUCAGUAUGUCCUUAUCUCAGAUUAAAUCUGCUGCCACUAUUUUGAAAAAAAAGCUGCUUGAGAGAAUGAUUUGGAAAUGAAGCUCGCACACGGGGACAGUACCUCUCCGAGGAAAUGAAGAUAGCAUGGCCUCAAUCCCGCCCACCAACCAACUGAUCAAGUCAAAAACACCUGAAUUUGGUGGCAGCAAACCCGUAUGCAAAAAUCAAUUUUUUUUCAAGCGGGCCUCUUAACAGGCCCUGUCUGCCACUAAGCUGCCUGCCAAUCCCCUCUCUCUUAAAUAUUAUAAGUCCUCGUCGUCUCCUCUCCUCCCCCGACUCCACCUUCCUCCACUUCAUGGUUCAGGCAGUGGUGCUUCGGGCGGAGGCAGCGGUCAGCGCAUUGGGUGGUGGAGGAGGCGAAGGCGGUGGCGGCGUCAAGCGCUCUGGGAGGUGGUGAAGGCCGCAGCAGUGUUAGGUGCUCCGGAGGUGGUGAAAGCAGCGGUGACGGCAGCCACUAGAAGGACAGAUCCACCGCCAUGGCCUCGAAAGGGGUACAUCCAGUCGUGGGGAGGGCGACAACGAAGGGGAGUUUGGGAGGAGCACACGGGGAUGGCAGCGGCUGUGGGAGUUCGGUAGGGAUGACAGCGGACCCAAUGGCUCGGGAGCGGUCAAUGCCAGUGUCAGGAGAGGCCUAUCCACCGCUCUCGGCCUCGGGAAGACAGCUCCGCCACUGGAGAUCUUUGGAGCGACAAUGACACCGGUGGCUUCGGGCGCGACGAUGGUGGCAGUGGCGGCCUCGAGCGAUGACAAUGGUGGAUCUAGACGCGACGCGUGGAAGACGCCUUUGGGACCUAGAGUUUAUGAUUAUUUAUUUUGUUUAAAAAUCUUUUUUAGUCGGGCCGCAUAAUAUGCCCGCCUUUGAAAAUUCCAUUUUCGUGAUCAGUUAUAAUGCUCGUACGGAGAAAUCCUUAUCCCUAUAGACAUCUGGGUGUAGGCGGCAUUUUAGCCGUUUGGAAAGAUUAUUUAUGUAGUAGUGUGCUUCUUCUA